AUGCAGGCAAACCAAACCAUCUUCGUCGUGCCAGACAUGUCGUACAACAGCACCCUGAGGAUAGUGACAGUGGAGCCCGGGGGUCUGACAGCAACGCACACCGACAAGCUCCGCAUCCUUGUGAACUUUGGCCAGCACGCACGCGAGCUGGUCACCUCCGAGAUCGCGCUGGGUCUGCUGCGCGUCCUGGCCGACCCGGCCCGCGAGCUGCUCACCCUGCUGGAGCGCAGGCGGGUGGGCAGCCCCAUCCCCAUGCUGGAGCUGCUGGCGAAGUCGGUGUGGAAGGUCAUUCCCCUGGAGAACAGCCGCGGGCGUGCGGUGGUGGAGGCGGGCAGGUUCUGCGAGCGGCGCAAUGGCCGCGGCGUGGACACCAACCGCAACUGGGGCGUGGACUGGGGCAAGAAGGAGCCCGACUACGACCCCAACGAGGAGUUCCCGGGGACCAAGGCCUUCAGCGAGCCGGAGGCCAACCUGGUCCGCGAGGCGGCGGUCCUCUUCCAGCCCCACAUCUGGAUCAACGUGCACAGCGGCAUGGAGGCCCUGUUCAUGCCCUUCGACCACAAGGUGGGGGCGCCGGGGGGCGGCGGCGCGGCGGCCUCCAACGCCACCCUGGCGAUGCUGGCGGGCGUGAACAAGGAGGUGUUUGGCGGCCGCUGCGUCGUGGGGCCGGGCGGGAAGAGCGUGGGCUACCUUGCGCACGGCACCGCCACCGACUACAUGCACGGCAUCCUGAAGGUCCCCGUGUCCCUCACCUGGGAGGUGUUUGGGGAUGAGAGCGCAGCGUACGAGGACUGUUACAGGAUGUUCAACCCCACCACGCGGGAGGGGCUGGAGGCGGUGGUGGAUUCCUGGACGGCAGCCUUCUUCGCGCUGCUCAGUCGCGUGCCGGACCACAUGGGCAUGCCCCGCCAGUUCUGGUCCCCGCAGCUGGCCGCACAGGUGGCGGCGGUGCGCGCGCGGGACGGGUUGGGCCUGACGCGCCCGGCGGUCCUCGGCAGCUGGGGCCUGGCCCCCUGGAUGGGCGCGAGCCUCGCGGUGGUUGCCUUUUUCGUGGUCCUCUUCAGGCGACGAGGACGGAGCAGGGCGACACAUGCUGCGCAGUGA